AUGGCAACGGUAAAGGAAGAAGAUCAAGAAGAUGAAAAUAUCGACCUUACUGAUGAUGAAGAAACUUCAUCAAACGAAUUAUUUAUUAGUGAUCCCCCACAGACUUUUUACAUAAAUCCGGAAGACAAUUCUAAAGACGAAUUUUUUAAGAAUAAUAAAAGAGGUUUCAAAAAUCUAGAAAAUAAAAUUAAUCGCGUCUUAGAAACUUUCGAAUCAUGUAAUGAUAUAAAUUUAGCAUAUUUAUUAGAGCCCUUAAGAAUAGUUCAUGAAGCAUAUGUUAAGAGCGGAUAUCUAAAACCAAACACACGCACGUACAAAUUUAUCAUUGGUGACAAAUUUGUCAAAGUAAAAUUUGAUUUUAGAAAAAAUGAUAAAAAAAUCACUAAAAAAAAAACAAAACAACAAAGAACAGAAUAUGGACUUUUAGUAAAUAAACAGCCAAAAUCAGUCAAAAUUAUUAUCUCUGCAAUUGAUGCAAGUAAUAUUUACAUUAAUUCAGUAUUGUCUCGUUGGGAUAGUUUACCAGAGCCUUAUAAUGAAGAGGAUGCAAUUCAAGAUGUUGUAAAUAAAGAAUCAGGAACCACCCUUGACAAAAAAUUAACCAGGGUGUUGCAUUUAAUGGAAAAGAGUUUUACUAAUGAGUUGUUUAAUAAAGAAUAUCUUGAUAUUCCAAAACAACUGAUUUUUGCGUCAUUACUCCUUAAAUGCUGCGAUCAAAAUCCCAAUACACAGUCAAAGAAAAAAAAAGAAAGCAAUUUUUUUUCUAAUACAAGUACCAUUAAAGAGCUUAUUAAUAACCUUACAGAUGAAUCCAUUGAUGAGCAAAUUGAAAAACCUGAAGAAAAACCUAGUGAAAUUUUCAGCGAAAUUAGUUCACGUGUAAAAAAUGCGAUAUCUAUGUAUAACAUAGUCAGUGAAACAACUAAUUUAUUAGUGUUUAAAUCUUUAUCUCUACAAGGUACUUAUGCUGAACAAUUGGCUAAACUGAAUGUAGUAAAAAGAUUUCAGCAAUAUAUUAGAGUAUCCGUACUAUUAGCCCUUUAUUGUAUUAACUUUGGUAUCGUUUUUUCAAUGGGUAAUCCUUUGGGCGGACCUAGGGGCUGGAAUGAUUUGAAUGAACUAAAUUUCAAAAAAGCAUUUUAUGUAGUAAAAGAUAAUGAGGACAAAUUAAAUAUUAAUCAUGAAGAUUUAGAAUAUAUUUUGCAAAAACCAACUCUAUAUACGACUAAUUAUGAAGAUUCUCAAUUCGAAUUUAGUGAACCAAAACAUACGCCAAGAGUUUUCGAUUUCCUUAAUACAAGGUUUCAACAACUUAAUUUAAAUGAUCUUGAAGGAGAUGAUGAUUUUGACGAUGAAAGAGAUGUUGAAGAGCACGAAAGAGAUGUUGAAGAGCACGAAAGAGAUGUUGAAGAGAACGAUGAAUAUAUGCACGAUGUAAACAAUGAAAGCAACAAUGACAUAAGCAACAAUUUAAGUCAACCAAAAAAUACCAGAAAAUUAACACUAAAACAUGACAAAAAUCAAUUUCUAAAGAAACUGGAGGCAUUUUCAGAAUUCAUAAAUCUCAUUUCAGCAGAUCCAAUGAUUUAUGAACGAAAUAAAAAUUACAUAAAUUCAAUUUCAAUAUCAUUACAAACUCUUAGAUCUAUUUCUUCGCCAACAAAGAGUGCUGUUGAAGGUAUGAGUAGAAAAACAGUAAAACUUAGUAAAGCAGUAUUCAACUUUUUAAAAGAGGAUUGGAUGAACAACAUUGACAAUGGUUUAUUCCAAAAUACAAGAGAUUUUUUGAAUACACAAAAUAAUGAAAACGUGGAAAAGAAAUGGUACUCGAAAUUUCAUGAAAUCAUUAAAAACGAAAUUUCAAUAGGUUAUAAUUAUUUGAAACAAAUAUCCUCAUUGAACCCAAAUAAUUACAAUCAAGAUCAACUUUCCGUGAUUAUGAAUUUGAUAAAUAAUUUCGAAAAUGAAUUUACUACAAGUGAACAAUUAAUGAAGCCUGAGCUGAUAACUAGACAUACGACAAUAAUUAAUCAAAGGGCACAAGAUUUUCUUGAACAUUAUAGCAACUAUCUGAAUAAUUAUGUAGAAAAUCUUGGUGAAAUGUAUUCUCAAGAAAUUGAAGAAGUUAAGAGUUACUUGAAUGAACUUUUAAGCAACAGAGAUAAAUAUAGAUUGUUUAUUGAUAACCCUACUAGAAUAUAUGAUUUAGACGAAAUGAUUAAAGCUAAGAUAUUAUCACUUUACAAUAAUUUUAAAGAUAACAACUGGGAUACCUUUACAAGUGCAGGUUAUGAUGAAAGCUUAAAUGAUGCUGUAUCUGAAAUAGAGCAAAAGAUUGAAACGAUAUUAGCAAAUUUCAAUAAUCAAAACGAGCCUUAUCUUAAAAUAGCAAAUGACUUGACUCAACUUAUUAAUGUUGGUAAUAAUAUCAUCGAAAACAAUCCAUAUGAGCUAUAA